UGACCAAUGAAGACUGAACAAUCAAAACUCCACAGCUUUCAUAGAAGCCAUAUCCUGAUCUGAUUCUGUCAUGGAGUAGACCUUCAUCCACCAAAAUCGCAUUACUUUUAAACAACCAUGUGCUGUAUCCAAGCUCUAAACAUUUCUUAACAACAUAGGCAUUACCCAUAGCCUCCUUGACCGAGUCUGAAUACGAAGUCUUGCUUUUAAUAAACAUAUCCGCAUCAAUCACUUGAUGUCCUCUUCUCGAAAGAUCAUAUAACAACUCAGAGGCAGAACAUAUAAAAACAUGGUUUUGAGUAUUAAGCUUCUCGAAAUGGCAGAGUAAGUUCCUGAUAAACAUCUCGUCUGCAUCAAAUAGACUGACCAGAACUAUAUAGUUUUCUCUCUCUGCACAGAAGGCCAAGUUCAUUCAAGUUCCUCACAACUCUACCAGGAUCAACUUCACUGAAACAGUAAUCAUACUACUUAAGUUUCCUCAAGGGUUGGAGUUUCAGAAAACCAGAACUGAUGGUACUUCUAUUCAGAAAGUCAUAUACAUUGAACAAGGACGUGUAUGAUGUCCACCAUUAUUUUUAAUCAUUAAUAUUUUACGAGUGAAUUUUUGAAGAAAUCCUGUAAAAAGUUUCUGAUUGUUUCUUGAUGCUGUUACAGGAUAAGGAUGCAGAAAAUGUAUUUGGUUUGCUAAUAUAUAGCCUUGAUGUUUGUACCGGGUUGUUGUGAAACCUGCAAGAACAAGCGGCGAGUGGGAUUUGUAAGUUUUUCACUCUGAUCCCAUUAAACGUUUAGCUUAUGGUCAUUGACUCAUUUUUUCAAAUUGUUUUAUAUUGUUCUUGAACAUGCAGCAGGCCUUCUAAAUGAAUGAGACGGGCCUGAUGCUAGUAACCCAAUAAUGUUGUCAUUUCGCUGUAGCUGGGGUCGGUAGAAACUAGAGAGUUGGACCGUCUCCAAUGGUAAAAACUUCUAAUAAAUACUUAUCAUUAUUUUAUUAUAAUUUUUGAAAAUUUUGUAAAUAAAAAACUUUUUAGAGUUAUAAUAUUUUGUUAUGUCUAAUGGUAUAAAACCACUCAUGGGUUCUGAAGAAAGAUUAGAUGUGUGAAUGUCUUUUUUUUCUUAGAUUGAUUUCCAAAUUUGAAGAAACCUAAAUUCCCAAAUCAGAACAUCAAAAUCCCUAAAUUGAAAUGAUACCCACGAAAUCAAACAUGAUGAAGAAGAGAGAAUUAAGGUUUGGGACAUGUGUACAAGAAUUGAUUUACUAUACAAAUACAAAAGAGAGAAAGAGACGACAAAGAAAAAAAGAGACGAGAGAAAGAGAGAUAUACAAGAAGAGCCAAUAAAAAACAAACACGUUAGAGGUUUUUACCAAUUCUAAAAAUUAUCUUUUAAAAACAGGUUACUAUUAUGUUUUUUCUUUUUAAUUUAUUUUUUGGAUUUUUUUUAAACAAAACCUUUCUUAAGAACCUGUGUUGGAAGUGCUCUUAAGAGAUCAUCAUUACAGGAGUUUUUCAAAUAGAAUUUCUUACUAUAUAUAUUAAUAUUAUAGUAGGAGAGUCUUUAAAAAUCAUGAGAGAUCCAUGAGAGAUUUUGGCACGAGAUUUUCCAUUAUAGUAUUAAUAUCUUUGAUGAAAGAUUCUUUUGACAACUUCUAGAUGCGAAUAUCUGAGUUUGUGGUCUGUAACUAAAGUUAUCUAAGAAUACUUCCAAUGGAGAAUUCUAUCCAUUAGAGUUCUAAAUAUGUGUAUGUGAAUAUUGUAUAUGUGUAUGUAGUUGUAGGGUUCACUAAAUAGUGUAGAAUCUAGUGGAUCCCACAACUAUAUAUACAUAUACAAUAUAUACAUAUACAUAUUUAUAUUUAGAAUUUCAAUGGAUAGAACCCCCAUUGGAGGUGUUCUAUCAAGAUAGUGGACCUUGUGCGUUUGUGAGUGGUUUGAGUUUAACCCAAUUUGGAACGGAAAAUGACAUUGACAGCGUUAGGUGAUGUGGUAGGCCAACAUGACAUUUUGUUUUUGGACAUAUUUUUCUAUUGCCAAUCUGAGUAAGUUUUAGGUGAACGAAUUCAUGUCGAUCUUUUAGAUCAAUUUCAUGUAUAAAAGAAAGUAUACAUAUUAAGUAUUUUCAUUUACUAGCUAUCUUAGCCAUGACUUCAACCACUGACGUGAGAGAGUUCGUGGUGAACCAACGAAACGGAGUUAAAGGGCUCGUUGACUCUCUAAAACUAACCACACUUCCUUCUCCAUACAUUCAACCUCCUCAAAAACGCCUCACUUCCGACAAAAUCCUCUCGUCAUCCUCACAAAUUCCUGUCAUCGACGUUUCCAACUGGAAUGACCCGCAAGUGGCUAGCGAGAUCUGCGAUGCAGCGGCUAAGCUCGGGUUGUUUCAGAUAGUGAACCACGGGAUAGCUCCGGUGGAGUUGAAGGCUUUAGUUGCGGCGGCCCGUGGGUUCUACCAGUUGCCAGUGGAGGAGCGAAGUAGGUAUUGGAAAGGAAGUUCGGUGUCGGAGACGGCGUGGCUGACCACUAGCUUCAGUCCUUACAAAGAUAGUGUGUUGGAGUGGAGAGACUAUAUCAAGUUUGAGUUUCUUCCUCAACGACAUGGCUUCGAUGACACGUGGCCUCCUGUCUGCAAGGCACAAGUGACAGACCAUUUCAAGAGGAUGAAACCAAUCGCCAAUAAGAUCUUAAACAUACUCAUCAACAAUCUAAACUCAACCAUCAACGAGUCUAAUCAACAAACACUAAUGGGAACAAUGAGAAUGAAUUUCAACUACUAUCCGGAAUGUCCAGAGCCAAGCCUCGCAAUAGGAACUGGUCGCCACUCAGACAUCAACACCCUCACUCUCCUCCUACAAGAGGACGGUGUCUUGAGCAGCCUCUACGCUCGAGCCACCGAGGACGGGGAUAAAUGGAUUCAUGUCCCUCCAAUUCCUGGAGCAAUUGUAGUUAAUAUUGGAGACGUGUUACAGAUAAUGAGCAAUGAUAGGUAUAGGAGCGUGGAGCAUUAUGUGCUGGUCAAUAAAUCUUGUAGCCGGGUUUCUGUUCCGGUUUUCUGCGAACCAAUUCGUGAUUCGGUUAUCCAGCCGUUACCAGAGGUGUUAGAAAACAAUGAGAUGGCUCGGUAUAGAAAGGUUGUGUACUCGGACUACUUGAAGACCUUUUUUGAAAGACCCCAUGAUGGAAAGGCGAACAUUGAGUCGGUUAAAUUGCAAGGAUGUGGUCUAUAAAAGGGUUUAAAUCAGAUCAAGACUCAAAGUCUCUCUUUGUUAUUGUUUACUUUUUAAAAGGUUCACGUUAAAAUUCCUUUAGAAAAGCCCUUAUUAUUUUUUUUUUGAUCAAAAAAAAUAAAAUAAAGGCUUUUCUAAAAGACCCAGCAUGAUGUAAAUAAAACUAUUGCUUCGAUUAAAUCAUAAGGAUUUGGUUAAAUGCUUAAAUCAAAUCAAGACU